AUGUUUGAAGAGCUGGCACUGCGACACUCCAUACGAAUGAUAUGGCCUGAACGUCCAGGAUAUGGUUUGAGCGAAGAAUGCACAGCACAAGAAAUGAGUGCUUUGGAUUGGGCAGAGGUGGUGGUUCAACUUGCCGAUCAUCUGGGGAUUCGCCGGUUUAGCAUCAUCGCACAGUCAGUAGGAACUGUAUUUGCUAUGGCGAUCUCGCACAAAUACCCAGGCCGUGUUCUGGGUCCACUGUUUCUGAUAUCACCUUGGGUAUCUACCCAGGCAGCUAACACGUUCAAGUGGUCGCGGAGGCUUCCUGCACCCCUUGUCACACGCACAGUAUCGCUUGCAAUGGAUGUAAUGUGGAUGUUAAACAAAGGAACUGCCAUCAGUACAGGCGGUGGUAGCGGAACGCCGUCAGCAUCAACACCAGCGACUUCGUCAAGCGACGAAGAUGGCAGCGUCUUGUCCGAUCCAUCACCACGAACGAGCGAAACGACGAGUCCUCAACAACGAACCUUCACUAAUAUCAACAGCGUUGUCAAUGCCAACCCCAGUAACAAUACCGUGGAUCUUACCGGCAUGACACUGCAGGAAGAAGACGAACUGUUAGCAUCGCUGGAUGAAGAAGACUUUGACCUUCCAACAGAUUUCCCUCCGCAUCGACCUUUACGACACGCCGUACGUCCUCGACACAUAUCUCUGUACUUUGCCAUGAAUAAGCUACGCAUGUCCGAACCAUACACGCAGGGCCAGGUGUUGGAUGUCCUUAUUGCCUUGGAAAAGUACCACAACUUUGGUUUCAGCUAUUCAGAGAUAAAAACGGCGGUUACUGCAGUAUGGGGAGACAAGGAUGGAUUGAUACCGUUGAAAGCAAUCGACGUGCUGGCCAACGGGUUACGCGAUGUGCGGUUCAAGAUCCUGGACGGCGAGGGCCAUGAUCUUGUCUGGAAAGAAGGCGUCAUGGAAUGGGCUAUUAGAGGCAUAGCAGAACGAUGGCGCGUCCGAAAUCAACGAUUAACACUGAUGAGCAAACUCCAAACCAACUCAUAA